ACUAUCUCUCUCUCUCUAUCUAUCUAUCACUCGUUCACCUCUGUUUGUGUCCGUAGAAUUUAUCAAAUUAGAAAACGCAAAUUUAAUAUAAAAAUAUAUUUUCUGAAAUUGCAAAUUAUUUAAAAUAUAAAAAUAUAAUUUUCAACAGAGAGAAUUUAUCAAAAUAGAAAACAAAUGAAGUUUGAAGUUUAAAAAUAAUAGGAUCGACCACUCACGACUAGCUAGCGCGGACGCGCGACUGCGCGUUCGGGACCACUCUGCUUUAUCGCUCCGGCCAGUCAUGGUAUUAGCUGUCAGUAGCCAAAGAAUCAACUCAAACCAGCAGUAACGUUCCUUCAGAUUUUUCUACUUUCACUUCUGACAGCUAAUACCAUGACAGUGACGAGAAGUAGAACCUUGGUGGGUGAAUAAAAAUAUCAAUUUAUAGAAUAGAGAAUACACGAGGAAAAUUCGUGAUGACAUAGUCGCUUGAUUAAGAGCUCUUUUGAGCAAGAAGGAAGUAAAAGUGAUUAGUGAGUUGCCAACUACACCAAGCAGUCAGCUUGUUACAUUCACUGAUCCUUUGACAAUCUCUACUUCGAAUCAUUUUACAAGAUUACCAGGGAGAUGUUUACUGUAUAACAAUGGCAAAAUACCAGUGCUUAGAAAAGUAUUUAAUUUUAUCCCAAUGUGGACUUCUUUAAUGUAGAUAUUUUGUCUCUUAUUUCAUCGACUGUUACAAAGAGUAAAUACUGUAAAGUGCUGUUGAAGUACCAUCGUCCUUAUAAAUGGCUCUACAGAAGUCGUCAUCUAAGCCGAAAAUCCUUCGAGGGUUCGAACUUUCUAUAGUCAUUGGUAAAGGAAGCUAUGGAGAAGUGUGGCUGGCUCGGCAUAUCAAAGACAAAAGACCGUAUGUUCUUAAAAAGAUCAACUUGAAAAGUACAUCCGAUAAAGAACGUAGAGCAGCUGAGCAAGAAGCAAGAUUGUUAUCCAACUUAAAACAUCCAAAUAUUGUGACUUACAAAGAUUCCUUUCAGACUGGUGAACGAUAUUUGUACAUUGCCAUGCAAUAUUGUGAAGGUGGUGAUCUCUACACUUGGCUUAAGGAACGCAAAGGGAAGGUCUUAGAAGAGAAGCAGGUUGUGGAGUGGUUCAUACAAAUAGCUAUGGCUCUACAGUAUCUCCAUGAAAGAGAUAUUCUGCAUAGAGACUUGAAAACACAGAAUAUUUUCUUAACAAAAAAUAAAAUAAUCAAAGUAGGAGAUUUAGGAAUUGCCAGAGUGUUAGAGAAUUCAAGUGACAUGGCAACUACACUGAUUGGUACUCCAUAUUAUAUGAGUCCUGAACUUUUUUCUAGUAAACCCUACAAUCAAAAGUCUGAUGUUUGGGCAUUAGGCUGCUGUGUAUACGAGAUGACUACAUUACGACAUGCCUUCAAUGCAAGAGAUAUGAAUUCUUUAGCUUUCAAGAUUCUCAGUGGGAAGCUACCGCCAAUGCCACAACUCUAUAGCAGUGAAUUAGUUCAGUUGAUACAGAACAUGCUUCACCAGGAUCCAAGCAGGCGGCCAUCUGUCAGCAGACUUCUUCGAAUGAGUUAUGUAAAAAAAAACAUUGCCCUGUUCUUGGAAGAAACUCGUAAAAGUCGUCGACCAUUACCACCUACUCCAGAUAAAACAGCUAAAGCAGUAUCUUCCUUGCCAUCUUCAUCAUCUUACUCAGCACAUCCUCAUUCACAUAAGCAAUACUGCAAUCCAUCUGUUGCUAAAAAGGACCAAUUAGAUGGUAGAGCAAAUCACUCUUCUGCUAAAGUUGUUCAUCCUGAUGUUGAAUCUAUAGAAAUAGAUUCACAGAAUACUAUGAUCAAUGAUACUCUGCCUGUUCAAGUAAUACACAAUAAGGAAAUAGCUGCAAAAAUAGAAAACGAAGCUGAAAAUGAGUGUAGUAGUUCUUCACAUACAAAUUCAAUAUCUGAAGAGCAUUCUUUAUCACCAAAUUCUAGUAUUAUCUCAUUAUCUUCAUCAACUCAGUCCAGUUUAAAUGAAUGUGCCUCAGCAAUGGAAGAAAGUGACUCAGGAACUCAAGACACAGUUAUUAAAAAUACUGUUAUUCAGCAAGAUGAAGAAAAAGUGAAAGAUGCAGCUGGUUCUAAGGGAAAAUUUAUGCCUUUAAAUAUUCAAAAUGGAACAGAGUCAAUUAUGAAGAAGCAUCCUGCUGAAAAAUCUCGUCCAUUACCACCACCACCAGUCAUUGAUAUAAGUAAUAGUGAACCUCAGAACACAAAUAGCUGUGUUCCUCGAUUAUCAUCAAGUUCAUCAAGUUCAAAAGAGUGCAGUUCUAAUCUUGGUGAAGGUGAAGCUCCAAAGAGCCUCCCUAAUGUGCUUGCCCGGCAGAAAAGGCGUCAGAAACAAUCUUUAUCCUGUUCACUGGAACGUCAUGAAUGUCGAGUAGAACUUAAACAACCAUCAAAGUUAGAUGAAUCAUAUGACAUCCACGGUGAACCAAGAUCAGUUGUACCAUUGAAGAAUGUUCUGCCACAACAACAAUAUCGUCAACCAGAAGAUGAUGAAGAUGAAGAGAAUUCUUCACCUGAAGAUAAUACCAGAACUACAAAGAAUAAAUGGGAUAAGUUAAGAGAAGACAGAGAUAUCGAAAACCUGGCUGUAGUCUUAAAUACCACUCUUCAAACCUACUCCUGGAAAAGUAAUGAUGAGAAAUCUGAUGAUGAUUGCACAACCAUUAUAAAAUCAACAAAUACAGUUAUGGACACUAACUCAGAUGAUGGUGAAAUAAAUGAUCUGCCCAAUAUUGGGCAUCUGUGAUGCUCUGACGAUCAAAGUAGAAGCAGCAUUGCAAGCACGCUGGAGUUCUACUUGUUGAGCUGUCUGUGAUGCUCUGACAGUUGAAGUAGAAGCAGCAUUGCGAGCACGCCAAAGCACACAUUGUUAUUCUGUCUCACUUGCCCACAAGGAAUGCAAAACGGAAGCAUUUUUUGUUUUUCUGCCAAUGUGACUCUUGCUUUUUCGAGGCAUCCUAUAAAAAAUCUGUAACUGAAUGAAUCUUUUAAAAAAAUCAAAUUUCGUUGCUGUUUACAAGCACUAAACAUAGUAUUUCAACACAAAAAAUUCCCACAGUGCUAAAGCACACAAUUAUUUGCAAUGGUAUUGUAAGCGCCAAAUGGCAUGUGGAUGCAGACAGUUGUGAAUGAGCAUUCACAUCUAUAAGUACAUGUGGUCAGAAUGUAUUUUGAGAAAAUCAAUAUUCUAUCAACCAAAAGUGCAAUUGUGGUAAAAUGUAAAUGAUUAAUGCAAGCAUCAGUGCACUAACAGGUAGCAGAAGGUAAAGGGUAUUUCUAAGAAAUAUCACACUUAAGUGUGAAAUUUAAAUAAAAAAUGUGCAAAUUGAAACAGCUUCUAGGACUUCUCUGAAAAAGAAAGACAGCCAAAACUAAGCUUCCUUUGGGAAAAAAGGAUGUUACCUUAUAUGAAUUUGAAAGUGAUAAAAAAAUUUUUUUAAUACAGUUAUUUAAGUCCACGUAACUGGAAAACUUCAAAUGGGAUAUAGGGUUCAGCAAUAUGCAAUGUUGACUGAUAAGGUAACAAACCUUGUGGAUGAAUAAGCUACCAGAACCAACUAAAUAGUGCUUUUUUUAGAAUGUAAUCAAUGAAUAUGAUCUGUAAAAUUCUUUAAAAUGAUAAGAAUUUGCCAAAAUAUCUUUCAGUUAUCCUUACUAAUAAAAAAUAACACAUAAUUUGAAAUGUUGAUACUAAUAUUCCUUCUUCAUGAAAUGGAAUUUAAAAAUAAACAAUGGGCAUGUACAUGUCAAAUCAAGUGAGUCACGCAAAAGUAAAAAAAUACCACU